CAGAGGGAGAGAUAUUGGAGCAUACUACGUCGUUUCAUGGCGUCAAGCGACAAGUCACCGAGUCCUAUGCCGUCCGGUACCGACCACCCCAGGCCACCUGGGCAGCCGAUGACGGUGGAGCAGCACAUGAUAGACAAGGGCGCGCAAUUGGUUCAGUCCCUGAAGCCGGUGAAGCAGAUGAACCAGCACGUCUGCACCUUCGCCUUGUACAGCCACGACAUGUCCCGCCAGAUCGAGACCCACCACUAUGUCACACGUGUCAACCAGGACUUCUUACAGUGCGCUGUUUACGAUUCCGAUCACGCCCACGCCCGUCUCAUCGGUGUUGAAUAUAUAGUAUCCGAUAGGAUAUUUGAAGCUUUGCCUCCGGAUGAGCAGAAGUUGUGGCACUCUCAUGCCUAUGAGAUCAAGUCAGGCCUUUGGGUCAAUCCCCGAGUUCCAGGAAUGAUAGAGAAACCAGAACUCGAAAAUAUGGCCAAAACAUACGGCAAAUUCUGGUGCACAUGGCAGGUUGAUAGAGGCGACAAGCUCCCGCUGGGUGCACCUGCUUUGAUGAUAUCUCCACAACCGGUGAACCUGGGACAGAUCUCACCGGAGCUGGUCCAUAGGAGGGAUAACAAGUACAACAUCUCAACAAAGGUACUGAGGGAUUCGAGGGUGGAAAUUGCAGAGCCAGAGUGGAUCAAUCCUCAAGCGGACUACUGGAAACAGGACGGGAAGGGUUUCGCCAUUGACAUCAAGUUCACAGAUAUGAAAUUAAGGGCACCAUUUCCCUGAACGUGGUGAAUCUUUGCUGGGUCUCUACACUUGGUUCGUAGCUGACACAUAAAGUGGGGCGGAGCCAAAGUACUCCCUGGCCUAUAGGUGAAACCAAGACACCCUAAUUAAAAAAAGAAAAAGAAAAAAGUAUUAAUACAUAUGUUAAAUAUGUACGUAGUGUAGUUAAGUUAAGAGUGGUGUAAAGAUUUACAUGCAGUAUAUGGAUUGUAAUACUGGAAUCAAGUAUAUGUUGUAUGAAUGGUGUAUGUGGACAUGCGCAUACAUCAGGGUAUGUUAAGGUAAAUAUAGUGUUAGCAGAUUUUGCAGAAUAUAUAAAGAAAAUCUGUAACAUGGGCAAGUUGAUCAAA